UAUAAUACCUUCGUAUCGCUAAUUUUUUGCCCACGAAUUUGGUGUUCUGUUCACUAUUUUUCACCGUCUCUUUGCUUGCCUUACCCCUCACUUCACAGCAUCGCGGUAACUGGAGAAUGGAGUGCAUAUUAGCGGUGCCUGCCCAGAAAGAGGUAAAGAAGCCGGAGAGGAAUAAUAAAGAAGUUGAUAAGAAAAGAAAGAGGGUGAUUGAACAUGAUUUGGAAAGGAAUGGGAAUGAAAUUGGAAUUGGAAACACCAAAACCAAUUAUGGAAAGAGAACAUCUAAAAAGCUUGAGAAAGUUCCAAAGGUUUCUCCAUACUUCCGGAAUGGCUUUGAGGAGAAGGGAGUUAAUGGGGAAGACAAUAGAGAUGAAAUUGCAAUUGAAAAGAUGAAAUCCAAAAGGAAGAGAAGGUUGAAGAAGCAUGGUCCUCAAGGUGACUACGAGAAGAAGGUUGAUGCUGAAUCAUGUUGUUAUGGUAGUAAAGGGAAUGGAGAUGAAAUUGCAAUUGAAAAGAUCAAAUCGAAAAGGAAGAGACGGUCACAUGAACCGCAAGGUGACAUCGGAGAGAAGAUUCCUCAUGAAUCGUGUUAUUAUGGCUGUGACAUUGGAUUUGUAGAAGAUAAGCUGCUGGCAGAUGGAAAGAUUAAAUCCAAGGAAAAGAAGAGGAGGAAAGUGGUUGAGGAUGAGCUGCGGAAGAAUGGUGAUGAUGCUGAAACAAAUAAAUUCAUACUCAAAAUGAGUGAGCCUCUGGGUGACAAUAAGGAGAAGAAUGACCGUGAAUCGUGUUGUUAUGGCUGUAAAAUUGGAUUUUCUGAAGAAAAGCUGCUGGAAGAUGGAAAAAUUAAAUCCAAGGACAAGAAGAAGAAGAAGAAAGCGGUUGAGGAUAAGCUGCGGGAGCAUGGUGGUGAAGCUGAAACAAGUAAAUUCAUACUCAAGAAGCAUGAGCCUCAAAGUGACAACAAGGAGAAGAUUGAUCCUGAGUUGUGUUGUUAUGGCUGUGACAUUGGAUUUGUCGAAGAUAAGUUGCUGGCAGAUGGAAAGGUUAAAUCCAAGGAAAAGAAGAAGAAGAAGAAAUUGGUUGAGGAUAAGCUGCGGGAGCAUGGUGAUGAUAAUGAAAUAAGUAAAUUCAUACUCAAGAAGCAUGAGCCUCAGGGUGACAGUAAGGAGAAGAAUGAUCCUGAGUCAUGUUGUUUUGGCUGUAACAUUGCAUUUGUUGAAGAAAAGCUGCUGGCAGAUGGAAAAAUUAAAUCCAAGGACAAGAAGAAGGAGAUGAAGAAGAAGAAAGCGGUUGAGGAUAAGCUGCGGGAGCAUGGUGGUGAAGCUGAAUUCAGUAAAUUCAUACGCAAUAAGCAUGAACCUCAAGGUGACAUUAAGGAGAAGAUUGAUCCUGAAUUGUGUUGUUAUGGCUGUGACAUUGGAUUUGUAGAAGAUAAGAUGCUGGCGGAUGGAAAGAUUAAAUCCAAGGAAAAGAAGAAGAAGAAAUUGGUUGACGAUGAGCUGUGGGAGCAUGACGACGAUGCUGAAAUAAGUAAAUUCAUACUCAAAAAGCGUGAACCUCAAGGAAACAAUAAGGAGAAAAAUGAUCCUGAAUCGUGUUGUUAUGGCUGUAACAUGCCUCCUGAACUGUGUUGUUGUGGCUGUGACAUUGGAUUUGUAGAAGAUAAGCUUCUGGCAGAUCGAAAGAUUAAAUUCAAGGAGAAGAAGAAGAAAGUUGUUGAAGAUGAUCUGCAGAAGAAUGGUGAUGAUGCUGAAACUAAUAAAUUCAUACUCAAAAAGCAUGAGCUUCAAGGUGACAAGGAGAAGAAUGAUCCUGAAUCAUGUAUUUAUGGCUGUAACGUUGGAUUUGUUGAAGAAAAGCUUCUGGCAGAUGGAAAGAAUAAAUCCAAGGAAAAGAAAAAGAUGAAGAAGAGAGUGGUUGAGGAUAAGCUGUGGGGGCAUGGUGGUGAAGCUGAAACCAGUAAAUUCAUACUCAAGCAUGAGCCUCUAGGUGGCAACAACGAGAAGAUUGAUCCUGAAUUGUGUUGUUAUGGCUGUGACAUUGGAUUUGUAGAAGAUAAGCUGCUGGCAGAUGGAAAGAUUAAAUCCAAGGAAAAGAAGAAGAAGAAAUUGGUUGACGAUGAGCUGUGGGAGAAUGACGAUGAUGCUGAAAUAAGUAAAUUCAUACUCAAAAAGCGUGAACCUCAAGGAAACAAUAAGGAGAAAAAUGAUCCUGAAUCGUGUUGUUAUGGCUGUAACAUGCCUCCUGAACUGUGUUGUUGUGGCUGUGACAUUGGAGUUGUAGAAGAUAAGCUUCUGGCAGAUCAAAAGAUUAAAUUCGAGGAGAAGAAGAAGAAAGUUGUUGAAGAUGAGCUGCAGAACAAUGGUGAUGAUGCUGAAACUAAUAAAUUCAUGCUCAAAAAGCAUGAGCUUCAAGGUGACAAGGAGAAGAAUGAUUCUGAAUCAUGUAUUUAUGGCUGUAAUGUUGGAUUUGUUGAAGAAAAGCUUCUGGCAGAUGGAAAGAAUAAAUCCAAGGAAAAGAAGAAGAUGAAGAAGAAAGUGGUUGAGGAUAAGCUGUGGGGCCAUGGUGGUGAAGCUGAAACCAGUAAAUUCAUACUCAAGCAUGAGCCUCUAUGUGGCAACAAUGAGAAGAUUGAUCCUGAAUUGUGUUGUUAUGGCUGUGACAUUGGAUUUGUAGAAGAUAAGCUGCUGGCGGAUGGAAUGAUUAAAUCCAAGGAAAAGAAGAAGAAGAAAUUGGUUGAUGAUGAGCUGUGGGAGAAUGACGAUGAUGCUGAAAUAAGUAAAUUCAUACUCAAAAAGCGUGAACCUCAAGGAAACAAUAAGGAGAAAAAUGAUCCUGAAUCGUGUUGUUAUGGCUGUAAGAUGCCUCCUGAACUGUGUUUUUGUGGCUGUGACAUUGGAUUUGUAGAAGAUAAGCUUCUGGCAGAUCGAAAGAUUAAAUUCAAGGAGAAGAAGAAGAAAGUUGUUGAAGAUGAGCUGCAGAAGAAUGGUGAUGAUGCUGAAACUAAUAAAUUCAUACUCAAAAAGCAUGAGCUUCAAGGUGACAAGGAGAAGAAUGAUCCUGAAUCAUGUAUUUAUGGCUGUAACGUUGGAUUUGUUGAAGAAAAGCUUCUGGCAGAUGGAAAGAAUAAAUCCAAGGAAAAGAAAAAGAUGAAGAAUUGA